AAGCAGCUCCUAUAAGUCUCACCCUUUGGUCAUAAGUUAGCUAGCACUGAAUUUGCGUCUAGUAACUUCCCUUCUUUGAACCUCUAAACACAACACAUCCAUGGCUGCCUCCGUCUCCACUGUCGGAGCUGUCAACAGAACUCUUUUGAGCUUGAAUGGGUCUGGAAGUGGAGCUUCAGUUCCUAGUUCAGCUUUCUUUGGCAAUAGCUUGAAGAAGACGAACUCAAGAGUCCCCAACAGCAAGGUUUCAUGUGGAAGCUUCAGAAUUGUGGCUGCAGAGAAAGAGAUUGAUGAAGACCAACAGACAGACAAAGACAGAUGGAAGGGUUUGGCUUACGAUGUUUCAGAUGACCAGCAAGACAUCACAAGGGGAAAGGGUAUGGUUGAUUCACUUUUCCAAGCUCCAAUGGAUUCUGGAACUCACUAUGCUGUCAUGAGUUCUUAUGAGUACCUUAGCACUGGACUUCGCCAGUACGACUUGGACAACAACGUAGAUGGACUUUACAUUGCUCCAGCUUUUAUGGACAAGCUUGUUGUUCACAUCACCAAGAACUUCUUGUCCUUGCCCAACAUCAAGGUUCCUCUCAUUCUUGGUAUCUGGGGAGGCAAAGGACAAGGAAAAUCUUUCCAAUGUGAGCUUGUCUUUGCCAAGAUGGGAAUUAACCCCAUCAUGAUGAGUGCGGGAGAGCUGGAAAGUGGAAAUGCAGGAGAGCCAGCAAAACUGAUCAGACAAAGAUACCGUGAAGCUGCUGAUAUAAUAAAGAAGGGAAAGAUGUGUUGUCUCUUCAUCAAUGAUCUUGAUGCAGGAGCUGGUCGUCUUGGUGGAACCACACAAUACACUGUGAACAACCAAAUGGUGAAUGCCACUCUCAUGAACAUUGCUGAUAACCCCACAAAUGUGCAACUUCCUGGUAUGUACAACAAGGAAGAUAACCCUCGUGUGCCCAUCAUUGUUACUGGUAAUGAUUUCUCAACAUUGUAUGCUCCUCUCAUCCGUGAUGGCCGUAUGGAGAAGUUCUACUGGGCACCAACUAGGGAUGACCGCAUUGGUGUCUGCAAGGGUAUUUUCCGCACUGAUGGUGUAGCUGACCAAGACAUUGUCACACUUGUUGACACUUUCCCUGGCCAAUCUAUUGAUUUCUUUGGAGCACUGAGGGCUAGAGUAUAUGAUGAUGAAGUAAGGAAGUGGGUAUCUGGAGUUGGUGUUGACGGUGUUGGGAAAAAGCUUGUGAAUUCAAAGGAAGGGCCUCCCACCUUUGAGCAACCCAAGAUGAGCUUGGAAAAGCUCUUGCAAUAUGGUAACAUGCUUGUCCAAGAACAAGAGAAUGUGAAGAGAGUCCAAUUGGCAGACAAGUAUUUGAACGAGGCUGCUCUUGGUGAUGCUAACCAAGAUGCUAUUAAAAGUGGAACUUUCUACAGUAAGACCUCUUAACUUUGAGGCCUUCAUUGGAGGCAAAGCAACCUAGCAAGUAAAUAUUUCUGUUCCUAAAGGUGGUACUAAUCCGAAUACCUUCAAACUUUGAUCCAAAAGCCAGAAGUUGUGAUGACACCUGCUUAAUUACAUCAGUCUUACUCAAUGUGUUAGGUGGUGCUAAGUUUGAGAUACUUUUACUGUAUUUUUCAUAUUGGACUAUCUUCCUCUAUAAUUUUGAGUUAUAGUGUGCACUUAAA